GGAGAGAGAAUCCGAAUCCUUCUCUCAUCUCACUCCUUGCAUUUUUCUCUUUCUCUGUUUCCCUGUCAUUGAAGACAGUCUCAGAGGAGGAGACUUCAGAAGAAGCCCUAAUACUGGGUCAGGAAGAUGGAAUCCCACACUUGAACCUGAAAGUUUUUGUUUUUUUAUCUAUUCAAAAAAAACAGGACUUUGCAAAACCAACCAUUGACUAGGUACUUGCCCCAAAUCUAACUUUGACUAGGUACAUGUCAUAUUUCCUCAAGACAUGGAAACCAAAAGUACAUCUGUUUCAGAAACCAACCCUCUGAGCAAUUUGAGCUUUGAUGAAAUUUUGGCCCUGGCUGAUGAUGCUUGGGCACAAUCUACAUCACUUCCUGGUAUUGAUGAUGGAGUGAAGUCACAUUCCGGCGCGGGUGACCCAUUGCAUGUCUCUCUAGAACAACAACAUUCCAUCAACCAUGAAAGUUCCCUAGAUCCUCAGGAUCAAAGUAGGACACUGAAUCGCCUUUUAUCCCCCGCGCAAAGUCAGCAACCCUCCCCCACACUCAUUGUUCAUUCCCCUGUUACAGAACAGGUUGAGAGGUUAACAGUGGAGAAUCAUGGGUAUGACAAACCCAAUCCAGGAUGUGUGCAUCUCUUGGUACAUUUUGCUGGAAAAAGGGGAGGAACUAAACCGUUAUUGAAUGUUGAUAUUAACCGAUACUCAUAUUUGGGUUUAGUUGAUGAUGUUGGUGGGUUAGCCAUGGCUGACGGAUGCAAUGCUGAAGAUUUACCUUUCACCCUUUCUUUUUCUCAUCCAAGUAGCCAGUCAAAAAAGUCCAUUAACACUGAUGCCGAUGUUCUUGACAUGUUCAAGCUAAAUGCUAAAUGUGAACACAUUAAUGUAUAUGCUACCUUAUUGAAUUAUGAGGAUCGCGAGUUUGGAGUUAGUAAUUUUGAUAAGGCUAUGAGGAAUAAUAAUCAUGAAAUGCCUGAAGUGAUAGUUAUUGAGUCUGAUGAUGAAUGUAGAAUGGGUGAUGAACCUGAAGAAGAUGAGAGUGAAGAAACUGAUGGGUCAAUUUAUUUGGAUAAAGGUAUGAAAGGAAAAAUAUCUGUUCAUGAAGCUGAUGGAAAAGUGAAGUUAAAAGUUGGUUUAUUGUUUGUUGAUGUGGAUGAGUUUAGAGCAACCCUUAAAAACUUUGUUAUACAAGAGGGGUUUCAGGUUCAAAUGAUUAAAAAUGAAAAGGCUAGGGUAACUGCUAUAUGUUCUGCAGAUGGUUGCUUAUGGUGUAUUCAUGCCUCUUUGACAACAGAUGGGAAAACAUUUAAGAUUCAGACAUUUAAUCCCUUGCAUUCCUGCAUAAGAACAUCCAAGAACUCCAAUGCCACAUCCACUUGGACUGGCAAAAAGUCAAGAAGCAAGUUCAAGGCUGACCCAAAUGUGAGUAGCAAUCAAGAAUUGUUGGAUAAUUAUGGCAUAGAACCAAGCAAUUUAGCUCAGCUUUAUCGUGCAAGAAAAAGGGUGAGACAAGACUCAAACGGGGUUCAUGCACUUCGAUAUACUGGCUUAUCAGCUUGGGCUAACCUUGCCAAGGAAACAAACCCGGGAUCCAUAAUAAAGCUACAGUUAGAACCUAGGAUCAACAAAAACCCCGAGUUUAAAAGGUUUUUUGUUUGCUUAGAUGCGAUGAAAAAGGGAUUUGUGAGGGGCUGUAGGCCUUGGUUUGGCAUUGAUGGCUGCCACCUCAAAGGACAAUAUGGAGGAGUGUUACUCUCAGCUGUGGCAGUUGAUGGAAACAAAGACAUAUUUCCGAUUGCCUUUGCUGUUGUUGAAGUUGAAUGUAAGGGCUCAUGGAUGUUUUUCUUAUCCUUGUUGAAUGACGCAUUGAGUUCUGUUCCUGAGUGGCAAGAUAUACAAGUGACAAUCAUGUCAGACAUGGAAAAUGGGUUGCGAAAUUCAGUUGCCGAAAAAUUUCCUUACGCCAAACAUAGGUAUUGCUGUAAUCAUUUGCUGAACAAUUUUAAACUGAAUUUUAAAACACUGCUUCUCAACAUGCAAUUCUGGGUUGCGGCAAUGGCUUAUAAUGAGUUUAUGUAUGAGAAAGCUAUGGACAAACUCAGAAAAAUCAAUAUUGAGGCUGCAAAUUGGUUGUUAGAUCCUGAAAGGCCUAAAAACAUGUGGGCAAGACAUACUAUUGACCCUAAGUGCAAAUCUGAUCAUGUAACAAACAAUAUUUGUGAGACCUUUAAUAGCUGGUUGGGAGAUGAUACAGAGAAGACAAUUUUGUCUAUGAUUGAGUCUAUUACUUGUAGAUUGAUGGGUAGAUUUCAAAGGCGGUAUGAAAGAGGGCGUGGGUUUCAAAAUAUUAUCACUCCUAAGAUUAGAAAAGGGCUUUACGUUACAAUGCAAGAUGGAAGAUUUUGCAGAGUCCUCACAUAUGCAGGUAAUGAGGAGUUUCUAGUGAAAGAUGGGCAUACCAUUUUUUUAGUGAAAUUGAGGAAUAGAGAAUGUGGUUGUAAUUAUUGGGGGCUGUCUGGUUUACCGUGCAAGCAUGCAUGCGCUUGCAUUGCCUACAAGGGAGAAAAUGUGGAGAUGUUUUGUGAUGAUGCUUACACUACUAGGACUUAUUGUUUAGCUUACACCGAGAUAAUACAUCCCAUACCUGAAUUGGAUCCCGGUAAUAGUGGUUGUUAUGGGAAGAUUGAUUCUCCUACCUUGAAGAGGCUGCCUGGAUGGGAAAGAAUUAAUCGGAAGAGAGGUGUAACUGAAGGUCCAACCGUGUCACAUGAAGCAAGAAGGUCACACAGGGUUAAGUGUGCAAAUUGCGAGGAGUUUGGACAUGAUAGUUGGGAAUGUCAGAGGGAUAAAAGCAAAAGACAGGAAAAAGUAACGGUGAGGUCUGGAAAGCAUAAUUAUGUUAAAUACGACUUGCGCCCUAGGAGAGAGCACCCAACAUAUUAUGAAGGAGACACAUGAAACUUCAAGUCAAGCAAUGGCUUCUUGAAAUUAUGGUACUUCAAGCCAAAAUGCUUUUGAGCAGCCAAGUCACGAAUUAGAACUGCUAAUGAGUAGUCACAUCUGUUGUGAGAGUGUUAAUUGACACUUUUGGGGGGUGGUAAGGUCCCAUUUUUUUGGUACAUUUCAUGUACAUAUGAUAAUCUCACUUUUUGAGGUUAUAUAGUCCCCUGUUUUGUAGAUUUAACGUACAUGUUUUAACUCUACUUCAAAAAAAAACGUACAUGUUUUAACUCAUUUCAUGUAGAUUUCACUUACAUUUCAUGUUAAUUCUCGAUGGAUAUGAAGCAUUUUGCUUA